AUGGUCAAGGAAGACGAGACACAGGCUGUACAGCCGGUUGAGUCCUACCAGAGCAAUGUCGAGCAAGCGAAUGGCUCCCGCUUCUCAUCCGUCAAGUCCUUCUAUGCGCACCCAUGGACUCAGAUUAUGCUCAUUAGCCUGAUAUGCUUCUGCUGCCCUGGGAUGUACAACGCGCUUGGUGGUCUUGGAGGUUCUGGACAAGUCGAUCCGACAGUCGCCGCGAACGCUACCGUUGCUCUCCUUUCCGCUACCGCUGGUACAGCCUUAUUCAUAGUCGGCCCUCUCUUUUCUUACACAGGGCCUCGGAUCUGCUUUUUGCUAGGUGGCUGGACGUAUGCCCUGUACAGCGGCAGCUUGCUCAAUUUCAAUCAUCAUGACAACGGCGCGUUCGUCAUUGCAUCUGGUGCUAUUCUGGGCAUCGGGGCCUCGAUGCUCUGGGUUGUUCAGGGUGCUAUCAUGACAACUUACGUUGCAGAGUCCCAGAAAGGCCGUGCUAUUGCCGUCUUCUGGAUCGUCUUCAAUCUCGGUGGUGGAGUGGGCAGCCUCGCGUCCUUCGGUCUCAACUUCCACUCUAAGUCCGGCACGGUGUCGGACUCGACCUACAUCGCCCUGAUGGUGAUCAUGCUCUUCGGCUGGGCAUUGGGGGUGUUCAUCUGCUCGCCCAAACGGAUUCGCCUUGCGCAGCUCCACGCCGCUGUCGAGAGGGAGAAACAUUCGUGGAAGGCCACCGUCGAGAUCGCUGUGCGGACAAUGGCCAGCUGGCGCGUCUUCUGCAUGCUGCCUCUGUUCUUCUGUGCCAACGUCUUCUACUCGUACCAGCAGAACCAGGUCAACGGUAUGACUUUCAACAUUCGAACUCGGUCACUCAACGGGGCCUUGUACUGGAUGGCCCAGAUGCUUGGGGGCCUCCUGAUUGGCGUCCUGCUGGACCUACCGUUUCUUACCCGUCCCAUGCGAGCCCGGCUUGGGUGGGUUGUUCUCUUUGUCACCGGCAUGUCCAUCUGGGGUGGAGGAUAUGCGUUUCAGAAAUGGCAAGACCGAUGGUUGGCUGCUGGAUUCAAGCAAGACGUCGACUAUACCCAGGGCUCGAUGUCGACGGGACCGAUCUUCCUGUACAUCUUCUACGGUGCCUAUGACGCGCUGUGGCAGGGAUUCUGCUACUGGCUCAUCGGCACCGAGUCAAACUCGACCUCACGAGCGGCCAUUCUCGUGGGCGCGUACAAGACCUUCCAGGCGACGGGCGGAGCAAUGGCUUGGAGGAUUAACGCUUUGCACAAGAGUCCCAUGACACAGCUGGGGAUGAACUGGGGCUUGUCGAUGGGAUCAUUGGUGAUUGUCUUGCCCACAGUCUGGACCGUCACGGCUAUAACCAUUGAGAAGCCAGUCCGUGAUCAGGACCUGGAGAUGAAGAUUCAAGAAGUCGAAGCCGGGGUUGACAAACAGUGA